GAUUUGAUUGACACGGUUGAUUUUGAGGAGUGCGACCAGGCUGAUGAGAGCGUGGAGGCAGAGCUCGGUCUGCCCAGUUGCCCAGAAGAAGAUCCUCACAAAGUGCUUCAAGUCUUAGAAGACCGGCAGGCUCUGAUUCGUGAAUUAGAGCAAGUGUUGGCUGAGGCUCCAUCGGGGAACAAUGGCCCAGCAGAAGACCCACCUGUGGAGAACCAACAGCACAAGCAAGGACGUGAGACUGAGCUGCCAAGCCAGGAAGCGCGUCCAAUGACGGACAAGCCAGGAAAGAAUUGCUUUGAGAAGAUCCUGGCCGAAGUGCAGAGCAACCCAUGUUUUCUUGAGGAACAUGAAGCCUUUUCAGCGGGUUGUCUUCAACGACUUCGUGCCCUAGUGACCCCCGUCAAAAAGUUUGUGGACCAAGUGCGGAUCGCAGAGAAGUCAAAGACGCAAAUACAAGGCCUGCGGCCAAAUGAGAACCAGUACAACGUGAUGAAAUCGCAGCUGUAUCGGGCGCGGCAGUUCAACCGCUUCACUGCGGCUAGAACAGGCCGCAUGUACAACUGGUUUGCGGCGCAACAAAGCCUAGUUGAGCGAGUGUCAGGUGAUUCUGUUGAGGAGACAGAUGAAGCCAACGCUAUUUUGCCGUCAACGGUGUUCCGACCCAUUUGUAGCAAAGAUGUGCAGCUGCUGCUCAUCAAAGAAGUUGUUGGAAGCAUUGUGAAGUUCUCGGUUGCCUUGACCUUCAGCGUGUUCCGUGGAGCAGUAGCUCGCGAUCAAACCGUGUGCAGAAAAAUCCGGGUGAGCAAGAGCAUGGGAAUCAACUCGCCCGCUGAGGCAGUGUCAAGGAUCUCGGUGAUCUUCCUUGAGUGG